AUGUGGGUACGAGUCGUGCUGCUGUGCAUAGCGGUGGCCUGCACGGCUGCGCUGGCAUUCCCGACCAGUUGGGGGGCGAUGGCGCCGCUUGUGCAGGCGCCUGGGACCAAGGCGGUGCCGGACAAGUACAUGGUCGUCCUCAAGGAGGGUGUAUCGGCGGAUCGGUUGGUGGCCCACUCCGCCAACGUAGCGAGUUUCUUCCGUGGCAGCGGGGACGCCGGCCCUAUUUCGCACGUAUAUGAUAUGGGGGAUGCUAUGCGUGGGUAUGCGGGCCACUUUUCGCCGGAGGACAUCGCGCUUAUCCGCAGCCAUCCGGACGUGGCGUUUGUCGAGCGCGACUCGAUUGUGGAUGUGACGAUGCUGGCGCAAGACGACCGUAACGUGCGCAACAUGAGCGGAAGUGCCGUGCAGUAUACGUUUCCCUGGGACAAUCCGUAUCGCCACUUGACGGAGCAAGGCGCGCCUUGGGGUCUGGCGCGUAUUUCGCAUCAGCGCUCGCUGUCUCUCGGCACGUUUAACAAGUAUGUGUACGAGUCGAUCGGUGGCGAAGGUGUCACGGCCUAUGUGAUCGAUACGGGCGUGAAUAUCGAGCACAGCGACUUUGGCGGACGAGCCAAGUGGGGCACGACGAUUCCCGCGAACGACACGGACACGGACGGACAUGGACACGGCACGCAUGUGGCCGGCACCAUUGCGUCGAACACAUUCGGCGUCGCAAAGAAGGCCGAAAUUAUCGCCGUCAAGGUGCUUGGCUCGCAUGGUCAAGGCUCCAUGUCGGACGUGACCGCCGGUGUGCUGUGGGCCGUGAAGGAUGCCGAGAACAAGACGCGCAUGAUGCGAGGCUCACGCAAGCUGCGCGGCUUUGUGUCGAACAUGUCAUUGGGGGGUACCAAGUCGCCCACGCUCGAUCGUGCGGUGGGUGGCGCCGUGGCUGCGGGCAUGCACUUUGGCGUGGCUGCGGGCAAUGAAGACCAGGAUGCAUGCAAUGUGUCGCCGGCUGACGUCCGGGCGGCAGUGACGGUGGGUGCAUCGACGAUCGCCGACGAGCGUGCCUUUUUCAGUAACACGGGGCCCUGUGUCGACAUCUUUGCGCCAGGCCUCAACAUCUUGUCGCUGUGGAAUGCGGGGCCACAGAGUAUCAACACGAUCUCCGGCACGUCCAUGGCCGCGCCGCAUGUCGUCGGGCUCAUGGCGUACCUGCUGUCGAUUUACGGGUCGAGCGAUUUCCGUGUGAUGGAAGAGGCGAAGCCGGUACGCUCGCUUGUCGCGGCAGUGCAUGCGCUGCUGCCGUCGUGGGUCGCGCGCUUCCUGCCGCUGGCCUACGAAUUGACGCCGCUGCCCAUAGAAAGCACGGUGCGUCCUGCGGAUCUGAAGCGUGCCAUGCGGCGCAUGGCGACGUCGCAUGCCCUGGCGAACUUGGAUAUGGACACCGUGAACAAGCUGGCCUAUAACAACGCGACUACGAGCUAA